GGUACUUCUGCAUUUCAUCCUCCACUAUGAGAUGUUUUCUUCCUAAAAUCUCAGGUCGCAUCAGUGCGCUGCCGUAGCUGUUAUUAGGCAAGAGAUGAAAAGGAUUUUGGUUAAGUAAGUAGAUUCCAAAAACAAGGAAAUCGCCAGGAUUCGAUAAACUUCGGGCUGUCAGGACUCGACGGCACGCCGAGGCCGGGAUUUGGACUGUGCGACCGUGGGGAGACCAACCCCGCCGCCGUCCACGGCUCUGCGCUUGACGGCCCUUUUGCAGCGGCCGCUUUGCGUGCCGUAAAGCGGAGUUGGCGCGACUGCUGUCAGGCGAGUAGGAUCAGGAUGCAUAGGAAGGCAUUGGGAGCAUCCUUGGACUGUUUGGCAACAUAAACUAGCAAGGAAGAGAGAACAAAUGAGGAAGCACACAGAUACACCAUCUUUCCAGAAAGUAUUCUCUUGACGAGGCCAAGUUGAGGAGAGACUACACAUGCAUCAAAUACUGCCAUAAAGGGCCUUCCUGUAUACUAGAGAGAAUACCUUCUAGUGCAGAACACAGCUCUGUUUCUUCCUUGCACAAUCUUCUUGCAAAUAACUGAUCUGGGGGGGGGCACUGAAGUCAUUCAAAGAUAAAUAAUAAAAAGGAAAUGAGCACAACAUCUAUACAAAAAUACUAAAAGAAAAAGGGAGAAAAGAAACAGGGAAAAGCAAGUGACAAAGAACCCAUGAGAAAACUGUAUUGGCCCAAUAAAUUUAAUAAAGCAAUCACUUCUUAAAAAUAAGAAACUUUGUCUCUUAUGGUGAAUCAUAAUCAGAGCUCAGGAAAGAAAAGAAAGGAAAAGAAAAUUCAAAAUAAAAAGAAUAAAUAAAUUAGUAGCAAAAAGUAGAAUUAACAGUUGAAAAAUUCAGUAAAGAACAUGGAUGUUAGGCUUUUGAAAAUUGAAUAAAGUAAAAUGGGAAUGAAAGGAGAUAAAUGCUUACUUGUGGUUCUGGAAAUAGAGAAUUCAACAUUAGAACAGAAAAUAUUCAAACAUAACUUUAGAAAACUUUCCAAAAAGAAAAGAAAUCUUGAAUCUACAAAUUGAAAAAGCACACCAUGACUGAGGAGAAACUAAUAUACAAUCAUUGACAUCGGUACAUAACCUAGCUUUAAAAAAAUUGAAUUUCAACAGUAAGGAAUGACUGUUUUGCUCACCCCAGAAAAAAGACCAGCUUAUCUCUAAGGGGAUGGCAGAAAUCAGAUAUUGUCAAGGGAACAUGUGGUGUUAGAGGAUAAUGCUACGAAGUGUGUAAGUCAUCAAGGGAAGAAAGUAUGACUUCAAAGCCAAAUUGUCAAUGGAACCAACUGCUUUUGAACAAUGCAAGAAUUCAAGAAAGUAAGAUUAUCUUCCAAUCCAAAAAGAUGAAAACGACUGAGUUACUGUCAAAAGACAACCAAGGGAGCAUCACAGACUAAUGAGUAGAAUCAAUAAAAACGUGAUUUUGGCCCUUUUAACAUUGACAAGUUCUGCAUUUCUGCUGUUUCAGUUGUACUACUACAAGCACUAUUUAUCAGCAAAGAAUGGAACUAGUUUAUCAAAAUCCAAAGGAAGCCGAAUUGGAUUUGACAGCAUACAAUGGCGUACAGUUAAAAAAUUUAUUACGCUAACAUCCAGCCAAAAUGUACCAGUGUUCCUUAUUGAUCCUUUGAUUCUGGGAUUGAUUAAUAAAAACUUUGAACAAGUCAAAAAUACUUCUCAUGACACUGCUUCAGAAUGCAAGUUUUUCUGUGUUCCAAGAGACUUUACUGCAUUUGCACUACAAUAUCACCUGUGGAAGAAUGAGGAAGGCUGGUUUCGGAUUGCUGAGAAUAUGGGAUUUCAGUGCCUAAAGAUUCAGAGCAAAGAUCCCCGACUAGACGGGAUAGACUCACUUUCUGGAACUGAAAUCCCCCUGCACUACAUCUGCAGAUUUGCCACUCAUGCGAUCCACCUGGUGGUCUUUCAUGAGAGGAGUGGCAACUACCUCUGGCAUGGCCAUCUACGACUCAAAGGACACAUUGACAGAAAAUUUGUUCCUUUCCGAAAGUUACAGUUUGGUCGUUAUCCUGGAGCUUUUGACAGGCCAGAAUUACAACAAUUUACCAUUGAUGGACUAGAAGUUCACAUUCCAAAAGACCCAAUGCACUUUCUAGAAGAAAUAUCACGCUCUAGAUUUAUUGAAUGUGGGUAUAAAGAAGCUCGAGCAUUUUUUCAGCAGUACCUUGAUGAUAACACUGUGGAAGCUCUGGCCUUUCGGAAGAGCGCAAAGGAACUGUUGCAGUUAGCAGCCAAAACGUUAAAGAAAUUGAGAGUACGAUUCUGGCUGAGCAGUGGAACUUGUCUAGGAUGGUAUCGGCAGUGCAGCAUUAUUCCAUAUAGCAAGGAUGUCGACCUAGGGAUUUUCAUACAGGAUUACAAAUCUGAUAUUAUUAUCGCAUUUCAGGAUGCAGGACUUCCACUCAAACACAAAUUUGGGAAGGUAGAAGACAGCUUGGAAUUGUCCUUCCAGGGAAAAGACAAUGUAAAACUUGACAUUUUUUUCUUCUAUGAAGAGACUGAUCAUAUGUGGAAUGGAGGCACUCAGGCCAAAACGGGAAAAAAAUUUAAAUACCUGUUUCCCAAGUUUACACUGUGCUGGACGGAGUUUGUAGACAUGAAGGUGCACGUGCCCUGUGAAACCAUCGAAUACAUUGAAGCCAACUAUGGUAAAACCUGGAAGAUUCCUGUGAAGACGUGGGACUGGAAACACUCUCCCCCCAAUGUGCAGCCCAAUGGUGUCUGGCCUAUUUCUGAGUGGGAUGAGGUUAUCCAGUUAUACUGAGACACUAGAUUGAAAUGGGAGAAUUCCCCUUCUGAAAAAAAAGGUGAUUAAUUGUUUAAAAAAAAAUAGUAGAUAGCUAUUUGUCAGAUAUCAGUGGGAGCCAAAGAAAAAUGACAAGCUUGAAGACACAGCAGAGUCCUAACUCCUGAGCCAUCGGAUGUAAUUCCUUGUUCAACAUUUAUUGAGGAGUUUCCAGGUGCCAGGUACAAUGCAAGGCUGCAGUAGAGAGGCAGAGAGAAAAGAAGACAGAUGUCUGUUUCCUUUUCCUCUCCCUUUGGUAAGCACCCAGUUCUUCUUUGAGGGAAACACCCUCACUUUCUGAAGAGCUCAAAUAGCAUGUGCCAUGUUCUUUAAGAGUUUAAAAGGUUUUAGGUAAUGUUUGGACUGGAAGAUAAACUCACCAGGUGAAGUUAAGGAAGGAUAUACUAGUUAAAAAAAAUCACCCAUUCCUGUUCUCGACAUUUAAGCUGCUGAGUUUGUGCCACUUUUAAGAUUGUGGGUUCUGAGUAAACAGUCAAGUGGUCAGACUUAAGGUGGCAUCAAGAAAAGAUACUAGUGGAUUAUUUUAUAAGCAACCUGAUGUGGAAUUUAUCUGGAGGAUAGGGUAUUGCAUUGUAGAGGGAGGUGAGAAUUUAAUUCGGGCCUAGUCAAAGAUAAGUAAACUUCCGUAUGUUCUUACUGUUUACAUAUUUGAAGUGAGAAGAAAGCCUGUGUUUGUGUGAUGGUUAAGUGUCCAUUGCUGGAUAUUUUCAGUGACCUCUGAUGCACUUGUUGACCAGUCAUUCUAGUGAGACCAUGCUACCAGACAUGAUUUUGAAAGGGUUGUGAUUUUCCCCAAACUUAUUUUCCUUAUUUCAUUCUUAAACUCUAUGUUAAGUAAAAAUAUCAGCCAUUCAUGGACAUUUCAUGUUUUCUGAAUUUAUAUUCAUUGCACUCCCCAUUUUAGUAUUAAAACUAAAAUAUUAAUAGAAACUUCUCUAAUUUUCCUUCUAAGUUGGAGCACUUCUCUUUCUUCCCUCUGUUGCAGCUACUGAAAUCUGACCCCUGGUAUAAAACUAUCGUUCCCAGAACUGAGCAUUCCUAAGAAUGGCUGGGAGAGCAGAUUUCCUUGAUUCCUUAGUACAAACCCAGAAAUGUGACCAUUAGUUGGCAGAAUGUCUAUCAGUAUCCCCUGAAAACAAGUUAACACUCAGGUGAAAAUGAAAAUCAUCCUGCUUUUGAAUCUUAAAACCUAGAAGGGGCCUUAGUGCAAUAUUCAUUUUAACCCUUCUAUCUUAACAGUAUUAAGUCUUCCAAUCCAUGAACAUAAGAUACCUUUCCAUUUAUUUAAGUCUUCUUUAAAAUUUUUCAGCAGUGUUUUGUAGUUUUCAGUGUAUAAGUCUCUUUUACAUUUUUGGUUAAGUUUAUUCCCAGAUAUUUUAUUCCAUCAGAUGCUAUUAUAAUGGAAUUAUUUUCUUGAUUUCCCUUUUGAUUGUUCAUAUUGGUGUACAGAAACACAACUGAUUUUUUCUUUGUUGAUCUUUUUACCUACAACUUUGCUGAAUUCAUUUAUUAGUUUUAGUAACUUUCUUGUGGAUUCUUCAGAAUUGUCUAUAUAUAGGAUCAUGUCAUUUACAGAUAGAUAUGGUUUUACUUCUUCCUUUCUAAUCUUACCUAAUUACUAUGGCUAGAACUCAGUGUUGAAUAGCAGUGGAGAAAGUGGGCAUCUUGUCUCAUUCCUGAUCUUGGGGGAAAGCUUUCAGUCUUUCAUCACUGAGUAUGAGAUGUUAGCUGUAGGUUUUUCAUGUAUGCCCUUUAUCAUCUUCUUAUUUUAUAACUAAAGAAAUAAGAAAUGACUGACCUGAGCAAGAAGCAGUUGGAGCUAGAACUCAAGAGUGUCACGACUUCUAGCCCAAUGCAUAUUUCAUUAUAUCAUGACACAGCAUUUCACCCUGCUGGAGAUGCUUUGCAGAAAAGUCAUGCAGUACCUCAGUGAAACUAAGUUCCAGGGUAUUUCUGCCAUUCCCUACUUAAUAUCUUUUAGCUCAGAUUGAGAGCCUGAGGUGACAAAGAUGUCAAGGAGGAGUGUCUUUUUCUUGUCUGUAAUCCUUAGGCACCUUCAUACCUUUAUCUGAAAAAUACCUUAUUCCCAAAAAAUGAAGUAGUUCAUGUCUAGAGAUAUCAGCCUUUGGUCAUGAUAUUCUUACCACUCAUGAGUACUUGAUUCCCCUAAGCUCAAAAUGCAUCCCAUUGCCAUGUUACCCUUCUACUUUCCCAGGGAGUCGUCAGCACCAAUCUCCUAAAUGCCCUUUUCUGAAGAGUCCCCCUAAUCAGCCAUUCCUGAGGCUCUCUCUUUCUCAAGCCCUUUUCUUGCUGCAGGAUCUUUACUUGGUAGUACUGGUCUCUUUCACCAAAGAGAACAGUAGUUAGGUGUAACUGGAAUGCUUUGCAGUCUUCAGGAUUUUUCCCCUGGUUGGCUGCAAAGGAGACUGGGAUAUCUAGUUUCAAGUGUUUAGACUGCUUUUAGUUAUUCACACUGAUACUGUCUUAUAAGUACAAGUAUUUGAUAAUCGAUUGUGUUCAUUCCUUUAUUACUUUGUGACCCUCAAACCAUUGUUUCCAUUCUUAUGUAACUACAAAGCUUCAAAUGGCACACAAGACAGACAAGGUGUCACAGCUUUACCUGUAGGAAAGCAGGUGUUUAUAGUCAGGGGCCAAAGGUGCAUCUGGGAACACUCUAGGAACAAGCUCCCACACUCCAGCCAAAAAACCUCACCCAAUAUCACAAACCUACAGCUACAAAUGUUUCUAAUUUUCUCCCUUGUUUCACCUUCUGGAAAAUGAAUGGCUCUUUCAUCCUCAGUUAUAAAUCCCCAGGGGAAAUCUCCCCUCAAAACCUGGUAGAGAAAGUGCCAUAUUCCCACCUCCUAACACAUGGUCAUCAGUUGUAACAGCUUUAAGGCAUGGAAAAACUCCAGUUACUGAUCAGUUGAAACAAUUUUUCUGAAGAAAUAUCCCAACAGCUAUUUCUUUCCUCAUCCCCUUCCUCCAUUGUUAAGAUCUGGGCUAAGUCAACUAUAAUCUCUCACUUAGGGAAGGCAGCGUGGUGCCAUGAAAAGACAGCAAGCUUUUGAGUAAGGCCCAAGUUUGAAUCCCAGCUUCAUCCUGUAGGAUUUAUGGUGGGGGAGCACUCAACCUCAAUUUCCACGUGAGUGAAUUAGGGAAAUGAUGCAUACUUCUAACAGUUCUUAGGAGGAUGAAAUAAGAUGAUUAUAAAAAAAAGUGCUUAGCAUGAGGCCUAGGAUUUAAGUAAGUACUCAAGAAAUGUUCUGUCUCCUACUUUCAUGUCCCUUUUCUAAUAAGUCUUCAAAUAGGAUUAAAUGAACUGUGGGUCAGGACACAUUGCCUUAUUCGGAAGGUUGCCUGGCUGAAUUUGCUUAAGAAAAAAAAAUUUUUUAAUUCUCUAUCAGGUCAUUGAAGGCGAAAUUGUAUGGUUUAUGAAUUCAGAGACAUUGCCAAGUCACCUCCUUUUCCAAGUAGAACUUGUACUUUCAUUUUGGUGCCCAAGUUAUUGUCUUCUAAGGUCUCCUUAUACUAUCCAAUAUGCUAACUAAUUUUUUGGUCCCCAAAAUUCACUCUCUAUACCUGCCUUGAUUUAGUGCCUAGCUCUGCCCUAGACUUCCCUUUCAAUGUUCUAGCUUUUCCUAGAGGAAAAUCCUCCCCUCCUUCUUAGUGAAUCUCUGCCCAGCCAAAUUCAGAUAUGUCAUGAUUUUGAGACGAAUCAGGUGUGUCAUUUAAUUGCCUAUGCUGAUGAAUGUAUCAGUGUUAAUAAAGGAAAAUAGAAAAUUCUAGUUUCCACCUUCUGUCCCCAUCACCGCCACCAAUUUGUGUUUCUCUCUUUUACAUGGACAAGUUCAUUUGCAAAUCCUGAUCAACUAGGCAAGAGUCAGCAGGGUAUGUAAUGUCAUUUUGAGCGGUCGUGCAUCAAACUGAAUCCUAAUUAUAAGUCAAACAAACCAAUUUAGUGGUGGUCCUUUUGUAUAGGAAUAGUACUAAAGUAGACAAAUACACAUUGUCUAAUGAGAAAUCUCUGUUUCUAUCUUCUUAGAAUUUCUAGCCUAGAAUGUCUGCCCUUGCCACCCCCAAUCCAGCCUAAUACAGAGAGUAUGUAGGGGCCCAUCGGCCAGCCAAGCUGCUGUAUACUUCUGAGCAGCUCUCACAGUGGGAUUGAAAGGGAAUAUGAGAAAUAGAAGUACUGUAUUUUGUUCUUUAUAUAAAAUGAGAUGCUGUCUCAAGCACCUUUUAAAAAAUGUGUAAGACUUUGAACCUUUUUGAUGACUCAUUUAGAGCAUGCAGAAUAAGUCAUGUGUUUGUUAAAUGAAAAUCAAAAUUGUGUAGCUAUUUGUGUCCAUUCUACUUCAUAACUAGAAAAACAUGUAUAUGAAUUUUCUAAACAAAGUAAUGUUUUAAACAUGAGUAGAAAUCAAUAUAUGCUUACCAGUUUAUUAUUUGGUUUUAUCUUCAGGUACAGAUAGUUUGUGGUACUACUGAAAAUUUCUUUAAUAUUAUUAUUUUGAUUAGAAUUUGUAAUAUAUAAUCAAUUUGA